UUCUCUGCGUUAAGAUCUUAUGGUCACGCCUGCCGCAUCCAGCGCAAACGGGAAUAACAUUUCUCCUCGGGCACGCAUUCGUGAUGAAGUGAAGCGUUGGUGUUCGCUUAAUAAUUUGUUUGAAACACCAGCCGGUGUUGUUUCGUUCUCGAGGCAGAAUCAUUGCCGUGUGUCCCUAUUGUGUGCAGCGGCAGAAUCCAUCUUCCAUUGAUCUGUUGAUAUCUUUUGGAUCUUCUGCAUCUCUCAGCCGCGCGCUUUUAUACACGAGCGUAACAUCUGGCCGCGCUCGCGAGCUCUUCUCGUCAGAACUCAGCCGAAUCGAUCGUGUUUUUGAAAGAGGAAUUCGCUUGUAAUACACGAUGACCGCGGACGUUAAUUUGUUUUAUGUAAGUAGAUAUAAAGGCCAAAUGAUGUUUCUAGUCAUCGCGUAAAUGCGCUAUUUAUUCGUCAGCCAUCGAUAUUUGCAGGCCGUGGGUUUUUUCACGGUUGCUCAUGAGGGGUUUCUAGGGUCGUUAUCGGGGAUGCUGUUGAUUAUUUCUUUCAUAUUAUACGGAUGAGAUCCGUGUUUCUCGCGUGGACGGGGAGCGGCAUUUUUGCGUUCGCAUCCAUUGACGCAAAUAAUUUUACCUCAGCUGAGUCUUGUAAAUAUUGUAAAUUGUUUUUUUUUGGUUUCUUAUGAAAAUAAGCAGUGUACCUGAAAGGGGUUGUGUGUCGUGGAGGGGAGCGGCACCAGGCAGGAUUUGAUGACGCAAAUCUUUUUACCUCAUCUCAUUUUCCCCUUAUAAUCAUUAUUUUAGGCCUAGUUUGUAAUUUCGACCGAAAGUCCUCCGUUCGUCAGAAGAGGCUCAUCCUCGGCUCAUUGCAAUACCCUUGACGAUCAACAGUUCAUCCCUCGAACGCGAUUACACAUGUCCGCAAAUCAGCACGAUUGAUCAGGAACGGUUCGUCAUAAUCGAACCGAAUUAUCUGUGUUCCGGUCGCGGUGACUAAUAAACCGAGUCGGUAACGGACGCUUAAUGUUGCGUUGUGAUUCGUCUCAUCGACGGGCAUCAGGGGACUGUGUUCAUAUUGGAUUAUACCAUUCUCUGUUUUAAUUCUUCCUCCUACGUGUAACGCUCCGAAGACGAUCUUUAGUUUGAGUAUUUUGCUCGUGACAUUAUGUUCGGCCCGUUUAUUCGCCUGGAAGAUGGCAGCUGAUUAAAUUUUAAUCUUGAUGCAUUCUGGCGACACGGGAGGAGAAGAGGAGAGAAGAUUGAAUCGGGGAGGAGUGGAGAGAGGAGAGGAUGUAGGCUGGUGGAUACGGCAAUAGCUGAAGGAUAAACUAACUUUAGAGGGAGAUUGUUCUGCCCCUUCCACCUUGUCCGUUCCUCUAUUGUUACCAUGGCGCUGUCACCUUGGUUACUGUGGAUGUGUCCAGUGUUGCUUAGCAACAUUGCUCCCUCCGAACAAGGUCUGAGCAGGGCAGCGAUGCCUUUCGGCCUCAUGAGGCGAGAGCUGGCGUGUGAGGGAUAUCCCAUUGAGCUGCGUUGUCCAGGAAGUGAUGUCAUCAUGAUCGAAACGGCCAACUACGGGCGCACGGAUGACAAGAUCUGUGACGCCGACCCCUUUCAGAUGGAGAAUGUGCAGUGCUACCAGCCGGACGCGUUUAAGAUCAUGUCACACAGGUGUAAUAACAGGACUCAGUGUGUGGUGGUCGCCGGGGCAGAUGUGUUUCCUGACCCGUGUCCAGGCACAUACAAAUAUUUGGAGAUCCAGUAUGAAUGUGUUCCUUACAAAGUGGACCAAAAAGUUUUUGUUUGUCCCGGAACGUUAAUGGGAGUGUUGGAGCCCAGUUCAGUGCGAGAGGCGGAGCAUCAGUCAGGGGCGUGGUGUAAGGACCCUCUGCAGGCCGGCGAUAGGCUUUACGUGAUGCCGUGGACACCGUAUCGAACAGACAUGCUGUAUGAAUACGCCUCCUGGGACGAUUACAUCCAAAACAGAAUCACCACCACCUACAAGUUGCCGAGUCGAGUGGACGGCACAGGUUUCGUCGUGUACGACGGGGCCGUGUUCUACAAUAAGGAACGCACGCGUAACAUCGUGAAAUACGACCUGCGGACGCGCAUCAAGAGCGGAGAGGCCAUUAUCGGAACUGCAAACUAUCACGACACAUCGCCGUACCGCUGGGGUGGGAAGUCAGACAUCGACCUGGCUGUGGAUGAACACGGCCUCUGGGUCAUAUACGCUACUGAAGCCAACAGCGGCCGUCUGGUUGUUAGCCAGGUGAACCCGUACACUCUGCGCUUCGAGGGAACGUGGCAGACGAGUUUCGAGAAGCGCAUGGCGUCGGAAGCGUUCGUGGCUUGUGGCGUCUUGUACGCCGUGCGUUCGGUAUACCAGGAUGAUGACAGCGAGGCAGGCGGAGAUCUGAUCCUGUAUGCUUACGACACGCGGCAAAACCGAGAGGAGCCGGUCAGGAUCCCGUUCCCCAACCCUUACCAGCACAUCUCCUCCAUCAGCUACAAUCCCAGAGACAACCAGCUGUACGUCUGGAACAACUACAUCGUCCUGCGAUACCCGCUGGAGUUCAGCCCUCCACAACCCACCACAGAUCCUCUGUCCACAUCUCUCCUCUCCACCACUUCUCUGAACUCUCUCUCCUCCACGGCGUCGAUGGCCCUCAGUCCCACAUCUGUGCCAUCUGUGACCUUUCAUCCAGUGGGGGCGAUCAACAGGGCUCCCGCCGGGCGACCCAUCACAGCGACGGUACCGGUAACCGUAAGGCCUCCCCGACGGCCACAGGGUCCGCACACACCCAUGUGUGAGGGACGGGUGACCCGCGGGGUCCAAUGGCCCCCCACUCAUCGAGGGGAAACCGUGGAGAGACCCUGUCCCAAAGGAUCGCUCGGUAUAGCAUCAUAUCAGUGUUUGGCUGAUGAGGUGAAAUGGAACCCAAGAGGUCCUGACCUCAGCAACUGCACCUCACCGUGGGUCAACCAGGUCGCUCAAAAGAUCAAGAGUGGAGAGAACGCCGCACAUGUCGCUUCUGUGCUUGUCAAUCACACUCGUGGGCGGAUCUAUGCCGGUGAUGUCACUUCCUCUGUGCGUCUAAUGGAGCAGCUGUUGGAUAUCCUGGACUCACAGUUACAGGCUCUCCGACCCGGAAACAAAGAGUCGGCAACACGCACCUACAACAAGCUGCAGAAGAGAGAGAGGACGUGCAGAGCCUUUAUUCAGGCGGUGGUUCAGACGGUGGAUAAUCUGCUGCGUUUGGAGGCGCUGGAGUCGUGGCAGGACAUGAACAGCACUGAACAAUCUCACGCUGCGACCAUGCUGCUGGACGUCAUGGAGAAAGGAGCCUUCCUAUUGGCUAAUAACCUGUACGGUGGCCACUUCAGCGACCGUGCGCCCAACAUCGAUCUGGAGGUGUAUGUGCUGAACACAGAGAUGGAGUUGAAAGAUCUGUCGUUUCCCAACACCUACGAUAGCGACAGCACCAUCCAUGUGUCCUCAUCCACAAUCAAACAAUACAGCCGCAACGGUCAGGUGAAGGUUGUUUUUACUCUCUACAAGAACCUGGGCCUGUUUCUGUCCACUCAAAACGCCACGGUGAAGACGGGCGGCGAGAUGAAAUCCGGCGGACACAGUCUGGCCGUCAACUCGCACAUCAUCUCUGCGUCCAUGAACAAAGAGUCGAGCCGAGUGUUUCUGACCGAGCCUGUUGUGUUUACUCUACGACACCUGCAGCUGGAGAAUCACUUCAGCCCCAACUGUUCCUUCUGGAAUUACUCGGAGCGCUCGAUGAAGGGUCAGUGGUCGUCUCAGGGCUGUAGGCGUCUACACAGUAACAACACACACACCACCUGUGCCUGCUCACAUCUCACCAACUUCGCUGUGCUUAUGAACCACCAGCAGCCUGCUUAUCCGGGUGGUGUGCAGGGAUUGAUUCUCUUCGUCAUCACGUGGGUGGGGAUGGUGAUCUCUCUGGUGUGUUUGGCUCUGUGUAUCUCCACCUUCUGCUGCCUGCGGGGCCUCCAGAGCGACCGCACAACCAUACACAAGAACCUGUGCCUCACCCUCUUCAUCUCACAGCUGCUCUUCCUCAUCGGCAUGGAUAAAACACACUACACGGUUGUGUGUCCCGUGCUGGCCGGUCUUCUUCAUUUCUUCCUGCUGUCAGUGUUCUGCUGGCUCUGUAUGGAGACGGUCCAGCUGUACGUUCUCAUGGUGGAGGUGUUUGAAAGCGAGACGUCUCGUCGUAAAUACUAUUACCUCACUGCUUACGGCUUCCCCACGCUGGUAGUGGCCAUCUCCACAGCCAUCGACUACAGGAGCUACGGAGGAACUAAAGCUUGUUGGCUGCGGGUGGAUAACUAUUUCAUCUGGACAUUCAUUGGCCCCGCCUCUCUUGUUAUCCUGCUGAACCUGGUGGUGUUGGUCAUCACUAUACACCGCAUGCUCAGACAUUCCACCGUACUGAAGCCAGACUCCAGCCGAUUCGACAACAUCAAGUGUUGGACGCUCAGCUCCGUCACUCUUCUCUUACUCGUCUCUCUCACGUGGAUUUUUGGCCUGUUGUUUAUUAAUGACAACAGUGUUGUGAUGGCGUACCUCUUCACCUCCUUCAACGCUUUACACGGCAUGUUCAUCUUCCUCCUCCACUGCGCUCUGCAGAAGAAGGUGCAGAAAGAAUACAGCAAGUGUUUGCGACAGUCGCCCUGCUGUGGCCACGCCUCCUCGACCGGUUCACAUGGUUCCCUCAAGAACUCCGCCCACCGUAGCAACAACCGCUACUACGGCGGUAGCCAAUCACGGCAUGCACCGGCGCAAAGACAGAGUCGUAUCAGGAGGAUGUGGAACGACACUGUUCGACGACAGACGGAGUCAUCCUUCAUGACAGCAGAGAUCAACAACACACACACACUGACCAGAGGCACUAUGGGUAAUCACCUCCUGGCCAAUCCGAUGCUGCAGAGCCGCUCUAGCUCCUCCCCUUACAACACCUUACUGGCUGAAACAUUCAACCCCCCCUCACCAGCAGUGUUCAAUGCCACAGGCACGUUCAGAAACUCAAAGGGCACUCUGUCACGCAGUCGUGAGUCUUGUGGAUUGGAGGGAGUUCGACUGAAUGGGAACUACAACAAUAGCUACUCGCUGCACGGAGGAAGCGCUGAUCUACUGGGGGGCGUUCCCGUGGGAUCCGGAGGCGUGUCCGGAGAGGUUAGCCCUGCCCUUCUGACACCCAGAGGGGCAGAGCCUAACAGCGGCCUGCGGCGAAACCUUUCCGACGCCGCAGCGCUGGAGAAGAUGAUCAUAUCGGAGCUGGUGCAGAGCAACCUGCGGCCCACCGCCGAUCGUUACGGCAACGGAACCGGCUCUACGAUGCACCGGCAAGAGUACGCCACCACGACGAGUCACCGAGAGCCUCCGCAGCGUCCGCUGCCCCGCCCUCCUCCCCCACCCCCGCAGGACGAGGAGGAGUUACUUUACAAAGCGCUGGAAAAGCCCCGCCUGCCGGACAAACCCCGCAUACCCGACAAACCCCGCCUGCCGGAAAAACCACGUCUCUUGGAGCACGCUCAGUCGGUGUUCUACCAGAGCGAGGAGGACUCGGAGAGCUUCUCGGCAGAAAUCACCGACGCCGUUUGCGGGGCGGGACCCGACUCCGCCUCUCUGUACAUGCGGGACAGGGAUUCGUCCUAUCCCGACAGCAGUCCCGAAGCACUGGGGCCGGAACCGCACUCAACGCUCCCGCCAGACGAGUUGUACUUCAGCGCGGGGCGCCAGGCUCACGUCUCUGCGUUUUACCAGCCUCCUGUGCGCCGGGCCGCCGACGAGAGCCGUGCACAGCUGCAGCCGUCGCAGGGAGAAAACGAUGGACAGAUGCAGCUGGUGACGAGUCUGUGACUAGGGCGAUGGUGACCAGGACACGCAGAUCUGGAGGAGGACAAUGAGGACGGACAUCAUCAUCGCCAACAUCAUCAUCGUCGUCGCAAUUAGUAAAUCAACAACAAACAAGAACAUGCCACAGUUCAACUGUAUCUUUAAAUGAAGAAAACAAGGCUUAAGCACGUUCCCCCGAAACACACAAAAGAUGGCAGACUCGUUUAUUCUAAACAACUUACAGUGAAUUCAGGCUUUACAUUACUUAUCAGCGUUUUAAAGCUACAAUCCGUAACUAUUUAAUUAUUUGGUUAAAAACAAACAAAAAUCAGUGUUGACGUCCCCUUACCUCGAUUUACAAGAGCAAGCUUUUAAUAAGGAUUUAAAUCGAGCUGUUCGGUACGAAUUUGUAGGAAAUCUCAGUUUGAUGUAACCCGCAUAAAGAUUGCACCUAAAGGAUCGAGAUACUGCCGUAUGCAUGUAGUUUGUGUAUUUUCUAAUGCAUUGAUUAGAGAUAAAGGAUUCUUGUUUAUGCUAUGAAACAGUUUUAAACGGAACCCCAAAUAGACUUCAGACAAGAUGAUGAUAAUGAUGAUGUUGGCUUCCUCCUCCACGUCUCUGUUUCCCGGUCACCUGCACACCCACCCUGAUCAUCUCACCGCCAUUCACACGCAUCGUUCUUCUCAACCUCCCCUUCCUUUACAUUCUCCAACCAUUCAUCAUGUCCAUCUCCUAAAGUCAGCCGACACCAGUCCGAGGUGGUUAUCUGCUCCCAAGAACGCCGCCAAACACCGGCAGACCACCUCAGGCCGGAUCCUUCCGCUGGGUCUUUCUUGCUUUUCAGGGUGGUGUGUCCAAAGAGUGUCUUAACUUCACACCAGACACUGCAGCUCUCACACUGUACAUGCCAAAAAUCCACACGUAUCAUAGAGGUCAAAGGUCAUGAGUGUCUGUCGUCAUCACUGGGUCCAGUGGUUUUAAUCAGACUGUUUUGUCGGUGGUGUGGCCUACAAGAGACAAUGAAAGGAAAAAUGUUGUGCCACCUGCCCAGACACAGACCAAUCGUCUUCUGCCGUGUCAAACACAUCGACCAAUCGUCUUUUUAAGGAGUUGGGCUCAGUGCCCCUCCCUCUUCCCGUGUUUGAGUAGAUCGAUGACAGUCAGAGUGCGACGUUCAACAACGAAAUGAACGUCGCCUGGAACGCUGUGUAAAUAGACAAGAGAGACGUCGCGUCUCUGGACGAGCUUCUCUUCACUUCUCGAUUCAUGAUCGAAAAACGUCGUAACGAAUCCGUAGAUGAACUGACGGCACUAUCUCUCUCUCUCUCUCUUUGUCCGUUUCUGUCUGUCUCGCUCUCUCUGAGUGUUUCAUGUAAAAAGAUAAGAAAUGUUUUUUAAUCAAAAUAAAACAAAGCGAACUGAA